AUUCGCCCAUUCGGGUGCAAAAAGUUGAAAACGUUGCUCAGAGCUAAGCUAGAACUUGCGCUAUUUACGAACUUAAUCUCGCUUUCGGUGGUAAAGGUUGAGAAUCAGCCUCUUCAAUUUAUUACCUAAUCGUUACCAUGGUAUUUUUAUUUUCGCAGUAUUGUUUUUAAAAUAAUCAAAUAUUCAGUUUUUUUCAUUUCCUCCUCAUUAAUUAAAAUUAUUUAUUUUAAAUGUUAAACCUGUCAUGAAAUAUAUUUUAGGUUUAUUGCUAUAAAUUCAUUGUGUAUUUACCUGUACAGAAAUAUGAUAAUCUGAGUGACUUUUUUUUGACAACAUGAGUAAAUACUCUGGAAAAAAUAAGUUAAAUUUGAAGCUACCUCCUGGAUCUAUAGAAAUCUAUGAUUCUACUGCCACUUCUGAUUCGAAUAAUGAAUCAUGUGACACCAGCAUUGAAGCGCUUCAGAAGACUUUAGAAGGAUUGGAUCUUGACGAAUUGCAGAGAAAAAGACUGGAAAAUUUCCUCUCACAGAAACAACAAGUUGGUGAGCUCAGUGUGGAUGAUUUUGAGAAUUUAGGUGAGCUUGGUGCAGGUAAUGGGGGUGUCGUCACAAAAGUAUUGCACAAACGGAGUGGAUUAGUCAUGGCUCGGAAGCUUAUUCAUCUUGAAGUAAAACCAGCUAUUAGGAACCAAAUUAUACGAGAAUUGAAGGUACUUCAUGAGUGCAAUUCUCCUCACAUUGUUGGUUUUUAUGGAGCCUUUUAUAGCGAUGGAGAAAUCAACAUUUGCAUGGAAUACAUGAAUGGUGGAUCAUUAGAUCUAGUAUUGAAAAAAGCUGGAAGAAUACCUGAAAAAAUUUUAGGGAAAGUAACAAUUGCUGUUUUCAAAGGUUUGAACUACUUGCGUGAGAAGCACCAGAUCAUGCACAGAGAUGUAAAGCCGUCAAAUAUUCUGGUCAAUUCCAGAGGAGAGAUUAAAAUUUGUGACUUUGGAGUGAGUGGUCAGCUGAUUGACUCGAUGGCAAACUCUUUCGUUGGUACGCGUUCUUACAUGUCUCCAGAAAGAUUGCAGGGAACACAUUAUACAGUACAGUCUGAUAUAUGGAGUUUAGGUCUUUCUCUCGUUGAAAUGGUUAUAGGAAGGUAUCCGAUUCCGCCACCAAAUGACAAGGAGCUGGCCUCUCUGUUUGGUGCUAAAUAUCUUGCACAAAAAGAGUGCUUGUGUCCCUCAUCCAGUUCGAAGAAUAGACCAAGCAAUCUUAAUCUAGGCACUAAUGAUACUCCAAGUUUAUCUAUAUUCGAGCUUCUGGAUUACAUUGUUAAUGAGCCCCCACCAACUGUGCCUGAUGGAGUUUUCUCUAAUGCGUUUAAAGACCUUGUAGAUAGAUGUCUGAAGAAGAACCCGGCCGAAAGGGCAGACUUAAAAACCCUUCUCAACCAUCCAUUUGUGAAGAAUGCAGAAAGUGAAAAAAUAGAUUUUGCGAGAUGGGUGUGCCAGACGAUGGGACUAGAUCCAUCCACUCCCACUAAACUCACCCCCGACAAUUAUAUUUGACUACUGAACUCAUGUAGAUUCUAUAUUUAUACAUCAAGAAAUGAAUAAUAUGUAUUUUUUUUUUUUAAUGAUCUUAAUAAAAACUAUUUUCCGCUCUAAAA